AUGCUCAAUCAUCUCAGUCAAGGCUCAGAUGAUAUACAAGACGAGAAGCAAGGCGACUUCCCCGUCAUCGAAGAGGAGAAAAACCAAACCGUCACUUUAAAGGACUCUUAUGUCAGUGACGAUGCUGCCAACUCCACGGAACACUACAACUUGUCUCCCUCCCUGGAGGAGGAUGAGUUCGAGGCCCCCACGGACGAAGAAUUGCGGAGUUUGAGACAUGUUGGGGGUAAGAUCCCCAUGAGAUGUUGGCUGAUCGCGAUUGUCGAGCUGUCCGAAAGAUUCUCGUACUACGGUCUUUCCGCCCCAUUCCAAAAUUACAUGGAGUACGGUCCCAAGGACACCCCCAAGGGUGUGCUGAGCUUGAACAGUCAAGGUGCUACCGGGUUGUCGUACUUCUUCCAGUUCUGGUGCUACGUUACGCCAGUGUUCGGUGGCUAUGUCGCCGAUACCUUCUGGGGUAAGUACAACACCAUCUGCUGCGGUACCGCCAUCUACAUCGCCGGUAUCUUCAUUCUGUUAAUCACUUCGAUCCCUUCCGUUGGUAACCGAGACAGUGCUCUCGGCGGGUUCAUCGCGUCCAUUAUCCUCAUUGGUAUUGCCACUGGUAUGAUCAAAGCCAAUCUUUCCGUGCUGAUCGCCGAUCAACUGCCCAAGAGGAAGCCCUCCAUCAAAGUGUUGAAGUCCGGUGAACGAGUCAUCGUGGAUUCUAAUAUCACUUUGCAAAACGUCUUCAUGUUCUUCUACUUCAUGAUCAAUGUCGGAUCUCUAUCGCUGAUGGCCACUACCGAGUUGGAAUACCAUAAGGGGUUCUGGGCCGCCUACUUGUUGCCGUUCUGUUUCUUCUGGGUUGCCGUCGUCACUUUGGUGUUCGGUAAAAAGCAAUACAUCCAGAGACCGAUCGGCGAUAAAGUCAUCGCCAAAAGUUUCAGGGUCUGCUGGAUUUUGACCAAGAACAAAUUCGAUUUCAAUGCUGCCAAACCUUCUGUUCACCCAGAAAAGGAGUAUCCAUGGAAUGACAAAUUCGUCGAUGAAAUAAAGAGAGCCCUAGCUGCCUGUAAAGUCUUUGUCUUCUACCCAAUCUAUUGGACCCAGUACGGUACCAUGAUUUCCAGUUUUAUCACUCAAGCCGGUAUGAUGGAGUUGCACGGCAUCCCCAAUGAUUUUCUACAAGCUUUCGAUUCCAUUGCCUUGAUCAUUUUCAUCCCGAUCUUUGAAAAAUUUAUCUACCCUUUCAUCAGAAGAUACACCCCAUUCAAGCCAAUCACAAAGAUUUUCUUUGGGUUCAUGUUCGGGUCUCUUGCCAUGACGUGGGCUGCCGUCCUACAAAGUUUCGUUUACAAGGCCGGUCCAUGGUAUAGUGCGCCCCUAGGUCACAACACCCCAAACCAUGUCCACGUUUGCUGGCAGAUUCCUGCGUAUGUCUUGAUUUCCUUUUCGGAAAUUUUUGCCUCCAUCACUGGUUUGGAAUACGCUUAUUCCAAGGCCCCAGCCUCUAUGAAAUCGUUCAUCAUGUCGAUUUUCCUAUUGACCAAUGCCUUUGGUUCCGCCAUUGGUUGUGCCUUGUCUCCAGUCACCGUGGAUCCUAAAUUUACAUGGUUAUUCACUGGGUUGGCCGUCGCUUGUUUCAUUUCUGGUUGUUUGUUCUGGUUCUGUUUCAGAAAGUAUAACGACACUGAGGAAGAAAUGAACGCUAUGGAUUACGAAGAAGAAGACGAAUUCGAUUUAAACCCAAUUUCUCAACCUAAAGGCAAUGACAUUGAAAUACUAGAACCAAUGGGAAGUUUAAAAUCAACUACCAAAUAUUAA